GGGGAGACUAUCGAGAAAGAACUCGUUUUCAGACUUGUUCAUGUUCUGACCGUGCAACUCAACGUCUUGAACAAACCCAACAUAUAUUAACGACAUUUUCUCGAAAAACUAGUUUGAUUUUUUGUGCGUGUGAUUUUCAAACGAAGGAGCAAAACAAGCUGGUCGAGAAUCAUUCCACUCUCUAAAUACGGCGUCUUUGAUGGUGAGAGCUGCCGUCUGUGGCGCCACUCGUUGAAGCCCUCAAGGCGCGUAGUGAAGUGCGCGCGUGUGCGAGUCCCUCGCUCAGCGCCUCUGUGUGUAUAUGUGUGUGUGUGUGGAAAGGCCAGUUUUUUCUGUGUUAGUAGUCGACUGAUCGUCACGCUCGACGCUUGUCUGUUGGUCGUUCUGCAGUUUUCAGCGACGUACUAACCAAUUCUUGAAAAAACCCGUUUUUUUGUUAAACGAAUUGAAGUGAAUGUGCCGCCAUUUUCCCGCGAUCUCAUCGAUUUCUGUUGGACAACGUGUGUGGCGUGCACUGUGCAUUCUAGUGUUUGUAUGUGCGUGUUGGCAAGGAAUUCUUAUUGACUGCCAUGUUUUUGAUGACCGCCUCUGUUUAAAUUCAUCGCAAACUACCACCAAAUUGUUCAAGUUUAAGUUUAAACACACAAAAAACUGAUUGCCUGAAGGUGGAUCUUCGUUGCAGUGCCGGUGCGCCGCCGAUGCUUUCGUUGGCCAGCAGUGCGGCCAACAUGUCGGCGGCUGGAGGGAGUUCGUCGUCUGGCGGAGGCGGUGCCGGACUAGUGGGUAGCAACAAGCGACAGCAUUGCUACCUUUGCGAUUUACCCAGAACGCCAUGGGCUAUGCUGCAAGAUUUCAGCGAGCCCGUCUGCCGUGGAUGCGUCAAUUACGAAGGACCGGACAGGAUCGAGCUGGUCAUCGAGUCUGCCAGGCAAAUGAAACGAGGUCCCUACCCAGGUGGAGAAUCGAUACCUUCCACUGCCCCUACGUCGUCACAAAGGCCACAAGGACCGGCUGAACAACGAAUCACGACAACACCAGGUCCAGGCAAAUCAAAUCAUCCCUCCGAAAGGCUUCAAAAUCGUCCACCGGAUUUAACAAACGGCAACGCUUCCGAUGGAUUAAAUUUACCAUCUCACGCUCACGGUGGUCAUCAUGGAGGACAUCCUGGUGUACCAUCCAUGUCUCAACGGUCGUCUCAUGGACCUGGUGCAGUUGGACCUCCAAGCGGUUACCUGCAUAUUAACGAAGGACGGCCUCGACACUUGGCAGUUGAUUAUCCGCCUCGAUUGCAACAACAGAAUACUAUUAUGGGACGAAUGGAGUCCCUGGACCACUCAGACCCACGUUCAUCAGUCCGUGGCGGUCCCUCUUCUGGUCACCAUAUGCAAAUCAAUUCACAUGGUCGUUCAGCUGGACCGAAAAGAGAACGAGACGAUGAUGACAACACUCCAUCGCAAGCCACUUCGUACCUGUCGAACAAUGGCAUGAUGGUCCAGUUGCAACACGCUGAUGGAUCGAAACGAUCAGCCCUGGACACGAUAUCUGAAUAUCGGCCACAGCUCACCCGUGGAGAUUCGUUACCAGCUGGAUUGGCCGUUCAAUUUGAUCCGCGCGAUGGCGGGCGAUUGAAUCACAAAGAACGACCGAUUCGGGUCGCUUCUUUCGACGCCACAUCUUCAAAUAAAGUAUUUCCCGGAAUUCCGUCUGCAGCCGGAGGUGGUGGUGGUGGAAAUCGUGGAGGAGUGACGGCUUCUCCGUUGACCAGGAACAGUCCACCGGGCGGACCUCACCAGCUUCCGCCAGGCCAUCCUCUCAUGGUGCCGCCACACUCGUCAGCCGGCCCUUUGCCACCUAGCAACCACGGACCAUCCCAGCAACAAUCAUCGCAGCAGCAUCCGCAUCACCCAGCAACGUCCAUCAACAUCAACGGUGGCCCUCCUUCAUCGACUCCACCCUUUGCUGGUGGCCCACCUGGGUCUCAUUCUCAUCCGCCUUCUACAACCGCCAGUGGAUCAAGCGGAGGAAAUACGGCUCCGCCUGCCAAUCCAGGCAAAGCGCCAUCGCCAAUGCAAUCGCUCAUUUCCGUAGCUGAUACAAUCCUUCCCGUUUCGAAUUCACCGCGCGGAAGUCCGCCAACCGGACUGCCGCCCGGAGCGGCCCAACUAUCCCGUACGCCAUCAAGGGGAUCCCAACAUUCUCCUAGUUCGUCAGGAUCGGCCACAAGUCGACGAUCAUCUGGCAACGGUGCGGCGACGGUAAGCAACGGUCGCCAUGGUUCGACGUCCGAGGUCAAUGCGACAAGCACCAGUCCAUCCGAUCCGGGAUCUCACUACGCUGGAUCAGAUAGUGGCGUAAGCAGUGGCAGCGGAAGCAGCAAUAGUAGCAACGCAACAACAGCCGCCAUUCCGCCGAAUGUCGCAGCCGCUGCGGCGGCCGCGGCGGCUGCGACGCUCAAGUGCACCAUAUGUCAGGAGCGGUUAGAGGACACGCACUUUGUCCAGUGCCCUUCGAUCUCGCAUCACAAGUUUUGCUUUCCUUGCUCACGCGAUAGCAUCAAGCAGCAAGGUGCCGGAUCGGAGGUUUACUGCCCCAGCGGAGAGAAAUGCCCGCUGGCCGGGUCCAAUGUGCCCUGGGCCUUCAUGCAGGGCGAAAUCGCCACUAUUCUCGGCGAAGAGAUGAACAACAAGCCGCUCACGAAAGAGCGGGAAACUUGAAAAAUAAAUUCAAUUCGUUUUUCGAGAGGGAUAGAAGAAGCCCUUCUCAUAUAAACACACACACACAAUCUACAUGUUGAGCUCUCUUUUUCUGGUUCCUCCGUAUUCCUUUUUUGAGAUCGGAGUUUGUUUUCUAUUACGAUCUUUUUUGUGGCCCAGCAUUUUUGCGGUCGUUUUUUUUUGUCUCGAUUCCCGCGUGGAUCAUGCCGGGCGUGUUUCUCCACACACAUACA